CCUGAGAAGCCAAGCCAGAGCCGUCGGUGCGAGUCAAGGGGAGCGAGAGGGAGCGAGAGGGAGCGCGGAGGGGCUGGGCAGGGGCUCGCCUUGGUCUCCCCCAUUCCCUCCUCUCUCCUCCCUCCUCUUGCUCGCCAUGCUGGGCUUCCUGGUGGGCUACGUGGUCUUCUGCCUGCCGGGCUCGGCCUCGGGCGUCUCCCCUCGAGGGGCGGCGGCGGCGACGGCGGCGGCGGGGCUGCGCUUGCCUUGCGGAGACCCCCGCAGCCCCCUUCCCCCGCUCCUGAGGGCCGAGCCCGCCCUGYGCCCCGAGCGGCCCUUCCUCCUGGUGCCGCCCGAGGACAAGGAGGAGGAGGAGGAGGAGGGGGAGGAAGGCGAGGAGGAAGGCGAGAGGGGGGAGGGCGCCCCCCGCCUAAGCACCCCCGCCUCCCGACGCUUCCCGCAGGCGCUGAUCGUGGGGGUCAAGAAGGGCGGGACCCGAGCCCUCCUCGAGUUCCUCCGCGCCCACCCCGACGUCCGCGCCCUCGGAGCCGAGCCCCACUUCUUCGACCGCGGAUACGGGAAGGGGCUCGCCUGGUACAGAAACCUGAUGCCCAGAACCUCGGAGGGCCAGAUCACCAUGGAGAAGACCCCCAGCUACUUUGUGACCAAGGAGGCCCCUCGGCGCAUCUACAGCAUGUCCAGGGACACCAAGCUGAUUGUGGUGGUGCGCAACCCUGUCACACGGGCCAUCUCGGACUACACGCAGACGCUGUCCAAGAGCCCGGGCCUGCCCAGCUUCCAGGCGCUGGCCUUCAAGAACCUUAGCACGGGCCUCAUUGAUACCUCCUGGAGUGCCCUACGCAUUGGGAUCUAUGCCAAGCACCUGGAGCACUGGUUGCGCUACUUUCCCGUCUCCAGCUUCCUAUUCGUCAGCGGUGAGCGGCUAGUCAGUGACCCGGCUGGGGAAGUGGGGCGCGUCCAAGACUUCCUUGGCCUCCGGCGCCUGGUGACAGACAAGCACUUCUACUUCAACCAGACCAAGGGCUUCCCCUGCUUGAAGAAGCCUGAAGGCGGCAGCGGCAGGCCCCGGUGCCUAGGGAAAUCCAAGGGGCGGCCACACCCCAAGAUUGACCCCCAAGUCGUCCAGCGCCUCCAGGACUUCUAUAGACCUUUCAACCUGAAGUUCUAUCAAAUGACAGGGCAGGAUUUUGGGUGGGAUUGAAGGACCCCUUCUCUGGAGGUAUCCAGUCAGAGGCUGGGUGGCCAUCUGUAGGGAGGGCUUGGAUUGUGUCUUCCCUUCUGGCAAAAAAGGGUGGCCCUUAUGGUUUCCAAGCACAGACUGAAUGGCCAUCUCUCAGGUUGGCUUAGAUUGUGCCUUCCUGCCUGGCCAGAAGGAGGUUGGAUUGGAUGGCCCCUGGAGUUUCCAAGCAGAGGCUAGAUGGCCAUCUGUGGGGAGGUCUUGAAUUGUGUCCUCCUGCCUGGCAAGAAAGGGGUUCCAGCUCUACAAUUCAAUGAAAGGCAGCUACCCCUCUAGUUUUCUGUGCAGUCCAUGGAGACAAGGCACUUUGGGGCUCCAUCCCCUCUUGCUGUUGGCUGGAGAAGUUCAUAAAGGAAUUCUAUGACUCUUUGCACAUUGGAAAGGCUUUGAGGGGAAGUGGGCCGAGUGCCCCAUUGUGCAGGCCCCAAACCAGACCCGGCGCCCCAAAAUCCAUCAUGUGCUGGAGGGCCCACAGUCCAAGGAAAAUGGCUCCUGGGUCUAGAAUGAACCCCCUCCUCUUCCUUCUAAUUUAUAUCUCUGGCCAGGAGGGGAGAAAUGUACUCUUUGCGGAGGAGAAAGGGAAAAUAUUUAAGUUGUCCUUUUUUAAAAAACACAAAAGUGGGUGCAAACCAACUAGGGGGAGCCCAGAUACAAAUAAACCUGGCAAAUAUU